AGUAGCUGGUCAAGAUGUCGGAGGCGCCACAGACCAAGAAGUUCCAAAAGGGCGAGCGGACCAUCACACCGGCCUCGCAACAAGCCAGCAAAUACUACCCAGCUGAGGACGAAGCACAGCCGAAAAAGACCCGCAAAGCCAUUCGCCCAUACAAGCCCAGACCAUCUCUUCAACCCGGCGCUGUUCUCAUCCUUCUUGCUGGCCGAUUCCGAGGAAAGCGCGUCGUUCUCCUCAAGGUUCUCGAGCAGGGUGUUCUCCUCGUUACCGGUCCAUUCAAGGUCAACGGUGUUCCUCUUCGCCGCGUCAAUGCUCGUUACGUGAUUGCAACUAAGACGACUAUCCCUCUCGACGGUCUGGACUCAUCGAUUGUCGAGAAGGUUGGUGGUGAGAAGUACUUCGCACGGGACAAGAAGGCGGACAAGAAGGGCAGCGAGGCCUUCUUCAAGCAGGGCGAGAAGCCCGAGAAGAAGGAGGUCGCCAGCGAGAGGGCAGAGGAUCAGAAGAAGGUGGACAAAGCCUUGUUGGCCGCCCUCAAGAAGGAGCCGCUGCUCCUCGGAUACUUGAGCUCGACCUUCAGCCUGAGGAAGGGCGACCGACCACACGAGAUGGUUUUCUAAAUGCAUUGGUGUUGACGGGAAUCGGGAAGCCGGCGGCGUUGUUGCACUUUUAGUACUCUACACCUCACAAGUCAGGUGAAAGUGCUGUUUUUUUGAAUGAGACAUCUUCGAAACCCAAAACGACCUCUCUUCACGCUCAACAGGCUUGCACUCGGCUGACCACUCGCCAUGAAAACACUGCUUCGGAAAAAACAGGCGCAGGGAUGACAUGGUUGUGAUUACGAUGAACUUUUUUCUUUUGACGAUCGGGCAUAUGUAGAGCAAUGCAUUGUUCAGCGC